GCGGCUGAAAGACGGAAGUAUAUAUGCGACGGACAAGCAUGGGUACCCGAGUUGCUGCACGUCAGGUUCUUCGGUGGGCCGUGACCAAUGCCACCUCCUCUGUAUUCAGUCCACUUCGGGGUGGGAGACGUCCCCUCCAGCCUCUGUGCACCGGGUGCAGAUUUCUCUGUUCCUCCAGCAGCCAGAAUACUCUGCAGCAACACAACCAUGAAGUCGGUCCUCAAUCCAGGAAACCAGUCACGGAGCUGUCCCUCCACUCUCUGGUUGAUAUGGGAUUCACAGACUCCCAGUCAGAGCAGAUCUACGAAGCCACGUCCAAUCUCAGAGGAGGAAGUGCUGCCAGACAUGCUCUGUCAACUCUCACGGCUCUGUUUGUCUUGGGCCUCAACCCUUCCACUGUGCUGAGACUGCUGGAGAAAUGUCCUGAACUUUACACAAUCAAUGAGUCGCAGCUCCAGCAGCGCAUAGGCAACAUGCGUAAAUUAGGUUUGGUUGAAGGCAGUCUGCAGAGAGUGGUCUCUUAUUACCCCCAGAUCCUGACUGUGCCUGUGAAGACCGUAAAAAGCGUGGUGUUGUUCCUCAGAGAGAAGUGCCAGUUUACCGUCCAGCAGGUCACAGACAUCCUCCGAGAUAGUCCGACCGUAGUCCUGGAAAAGAGGGGUCAGCUGGAGUACAAGUUUCAGUAUGCCUACUUCCGGAUGGGUGUCAAACAGGCGUGGAUGGUGAAGUCCCGGUAUUUUCGUUUCUCUCUGGACGAGGUGCGCUGUCGACACUGUUUUCUGGAGCGCAGGGGCCUGUAUCAAACCCCAGACAAGAAGGGCCAGACGCUCAUCAUCAACCCCAAACUGGACGACAUCUUCAACGUUGACGAGGACGGCUUCCUCACACAUGUUGCCAAUGCGUCAGCAGAGGAGUUUGAAGUAUUUGGGAAACUGCUGGCAAGAGAGUGGCAGGAAGAACAGCAUCAGCAUGGCAGCGUUGAAGCUGAUAGCGACGAUGAUGAGGAUGAAGAGGACGAAGAGAAUGAGGAGACUGCAGGGAAAGGUGGCUACAUGAAGAGGAGAAAAAAAUGACUAAGAACUUGUUUAUAGAGGAAGUUGCAUGAUUAGAGGAAAUGACAUUAUGGUGAUGAAUGAACUAAAUAAAAUGUUUCCAUUUA